AAUUAAUGCAGUCAUCGCCGGCUAUGUAUUGGCUGUUGUCGAAUUAUGCACACGAGAUGUGACAUCAUCGAGUGCAUAAUUUCAUUACUCCUGUUUUGCAUACAGAUAUCUAAACGAAUGAUUGGAGAUAGAUAGGUAUACACAGAAAAAAUAUACGAAAAUGACGUAACUACGAAUAACGAAUUUUUUCAUUUUGGCGUGUGUAGGUAUAAAUUCGUAAGAGAAUUUUAAUUUUACGAUUAUACAUUCAUGACAAUUUGUUGUGCUAAGAUGUUCAUUAGAAAUAAUAGGUGAAUUUGUGUUUUGUGUUCAACCAAUCGCGGAUUAAUCAAUCAGACACGUAAAAAAGAACGUUGACCAAUUUUGCCAAGUGAUAUUAAACGAAUAGGCCCUACACUUCACUUUCAUCAUGAAAAAAAUCUUAAUGAAUGGGGACCUAAUGUGCGGCCUCGGCCUGUUAUCAUUUUACGCUGCUUACGCCGAGUAUAUCAACCCUUCCUUGUUUUUUACCGUCACUAUAAUAGGAUCAACGCUGAAUACAUUAAACAUCAUCGUAUUCACGAGGAAAUCCAUGAUUUCGCCCAACAACCUGAUUUUCGCUCAUUUAGCUAUCGUCGAUUUAGCCUCCCUAAUUACCUACAUGCCACGCUGGGCUAACGAGACUAUAAGACGAAAGAUGUACUCUGUUAAGGAGCACAGGAUAUACGAAUGGGAAACCAUAGGCAUGUAUUCGUAUCUCGUCUCAUCAACAUUCCACGCAAUAUCAAUCUGGCUAGCUAUCAUGUUGGCAGUUUGGCGAUACAUAGCCAUCGUACAUCCUUUGAAGGAACGCCAAUGGUGUAAUUUGAAAACCACCAAGAUUUUCAUAGCUGUGGGAUAUGUAACGUGUUCCUUGGGGAUAAUACCAGGUUAUUUUUCCCUUGAAGUUCAAGCAUUUGAUAGGUUACUCGAUAGCGACGGAUAUAUAACCUGGAAUCGGACUAUCGGUAUUCCAACCAAAGUUUUCCUGUUACAACCGGCUAAAUCCAGCCGAGCAAUAUCAAUAUUGUCAGCGUUGGCUGCUGCAGUCUUCGUGAAAAUAAUACCAAUGGUUCUUGUGUCUGUGUACAGUUAUAAAUGUAUCGUGGCUCUACAACGAGCGAAAAUCCGUCGCAAGAAAUUAACAAUCAGAUCGCACGAAAGUAAUACAACAAACACAAGAAAGAAUCUAUUGACAGAUCGUACAACAAGAAUGUUAUUAGUAAUAUUAGCUUUAUUCUUUAUACCUGAAAUGCCAACAGCAAUAGCUUGUAUAUUGAUUGUAAUCUUUGGUCCGAAGUUUAGUGUGGAAUGUUACUCAUAUUUUUUUGAAAUAUUCAACGCUAUAGUUUUGAUCUGCACAUCGUGUAAUUUUAUAGUUUAUUAUACAAUGAGUGGACAGUUUCACGACACUUUUAUCCAACUGUUUAGCAGUAAGCCACCUUCGGUUUAGCAAAAACCGGUCUUCGUUUUAGCUGAUCGUGAGACCCAAGUACGAUCGAGUGUCAAAAUAGACAAUUCGCGGAGUACCUCUAUUCAUAUGUAAUGAAGUGAUACUUGAAUAAAACUUAUGAACUGAAUAA